GCCGGUAUUCACUCGUCGUUAUUCAUUACUUUGGUUUGUUUUGUCCUUUAGGCACGCGAUUGCUCUUAAUAUUGUUCGACUGUUUUGCCUCUUGUAAUAUUGUGCGACGCUAUUUCAUACGACGAUGCUGCAGUUGCUGGGGAUACUCGGGGCGCUGAUAGCCUGGUGCAAUGGUCUGGUGAUAGGCUACAACGGUGGCCACCCCCAGCACCACGCAGCUUACGCGGACUACGCCGCCCUCGAGGAUUACCACGACGGCCACGCCGUCCUGCCGACGGUAGCCGUGCCUGUGCACGCGGUCUCCGCCGCGCCUCUCCACCACCACAUCGCCCCCGAGCACCACGAGCUCCACCACAUCAAGCCCCACGUUUUGGCCCACGAUCCCGAUCACGAGCACGACUAUUACGCACACCCGAAGUACACGUUCAACUACGGGGUGCACGACCCGCACACGGGUGACGUGAAGACGCAGCACGAGGUACGCGACGGAGACGUGGUUCACGGCUCUUACAGCGUCAACGAGCCCGACGGCAGCGUCAGGAUCGUUGAGUACACGGCCGACGACCACAACGGCUUCAACGCCGUGGUCAAGAAGGUCGGGCCGCAGCUGCACCCCCAUCCCCAUCCCGUGCCCAAGUACGUGCACCACGCGCCCGAGUACUACGGCUACGAGCACCUGCCUUAAGUACGUGAUUGAGCGACGAUCGAACCACGAGUACGUGAGUGAGGGGUGAACGAGAUACGGUGUUGUAUCACGUAGAUGUACAAAAGAGAUUCUUCUGCCGUUUUUUUUUUUCUUUGUUUUUCUCUAAAAUCAUGCAAGUACUUGAUUAAUUAAGUUUUCGUUAGAUUGGAGUGUCGUUGUUGGUCAGGGUAUGUAGAAAUUUGAAGAGACGGUAAAAGCGCGUGUCGACGCAACAAGGAUGAGAGGGAGGUGCGGAGCUAUUGCGCAUUAUAUUGGUGCACCCGUGUGUGGGUACGAUGAAGCUCUUGAGGGAGUACUACUUAUGUAUAAUUUUGUGUACUGUAAUUUGAAUUGAAUGGGAAAGGAAAGGAGGAGAUAAUAACUUUGGAGUUGAUGUAAUUAAUAGUUUUCGCUGUUGCACAGCUCUGACAACUUCUGAAGUGGCUCUUGUAUUUUUUUUAUUUUUUUUUUUUUUUUUACUUUUUUUACUUAUUUUUUGAUAACUCUAAAGAGUUUUUCUUAAAAGUAUUCUAUAAAGCCUUUUCGCAGAAACGAAAGUUACCCUUGCUGGCAGUGAAUGGAUUGCCUAUUUGUAAGAGGGAUUUCAUUUAAUUUCUAGCUCACUCUAGAUACUUAACAUUCGAAGAGAGUCUAUCUCUCUUAUUCUGUUUUUCAUUGAUCUCCAAGACAUGAAAAAAAAUA